AUGUCGCAGCGCCAUAACAGAGCCGUCGUGUCCGGUCAACUGGCACAGAUGCCUUGGGACGCUAAUGGGCUCGCCGAUGACGACAACGACGAACUCCGCACGGUGCUGGAAGACGCACGGACGGUGCAGGCAGGCCAUCUUGGGAAGAGCCGGCCCACUGCAGGACCGUCGCUCUCCAGGUUUCCCGUCGGCCCCUCGCCGCACGGCGACGGUCAUGACCACAUUCGAUCCCGCGACAACGCGGAAGCUGACCUGUGCGAGACUAGGCAAGCGCAGGAACUCGGGGACGACUUCUUCGCCCUCUACACGUCGCAGGCCGACGCUGUGUCGCCUAAUGACCGCAGUGGUCGCGGUGGUGCGACGCCCUCGUCCGCCAACGCGUCUGCGACGGUCGCCGGCUCCCACGGCGACGACGACGACGAUGCUGCCUCUCCCAACGACCAGGAAAAUGAAGGGGCUGACCGCGACAACGACGUAGAUGUGCCUGGCGAGGUGCGGGUGGGUCGAGCCGAUGACCACCACGCGCAGCAGUCGCAGUACGUGCCGGAGUGCACCGAGGACUUGGAGGAGGAAGACAGCAUCGCCGACUCGAGCGAGUCGCCGGUGGUAUCAGAGCAGCCGGUGGAAGGGUUCAGGAGCGAGGCUCAACAGCCGCCAAGCCGCUCAGACAGCGCACCAGCAACAGAGAGGCCAUGGCAGCCGGAGUGCUGGCCCCACCCUCACCCGCCCCCCUUCGCCGCACUUCCGCGUCCGCGUCAGACGCGCGUGACUUUCCACACACAACGCUACGGCGCCUUCAUCAAGGCUUACCUUGGCCUCUCCGACGCUGAGGUGGAGCAGGCGCAGCGACGCGGGCGGGGCAUCUGCAUGAUUGGAGUUCGCAAGGCGCCCCCAUCGAGCUCGCACCUCGCCGCAAGCGCCUCCUACGCUACCCCUUUCUCCCCACCCUCGUCAUCAUCGGCGGCAGGGGCGGCAACCGGCUAUACCUUCCAACCCAUGCACCGCCGCCACUCGCACCAUGGCUUUGGCGAGCCCGUGAAAGUUCAGCGGACAUUUCUGCGGCACUCCGUGCUGGCGGUGGAGGGCGAUGCCGUGUUCAGCGAGCUGAUUGACCGGGCCGAGGUGCUGUAUGCCGUCGAGCAGCACCGACUUGAUGCGGCGUGGAAGACGCACGCACACGACCCCGGCGCGGCAGGGGAGGACGCGGCGGCAGCGUCCGCAACGGCGGUGGCUGGCACACCAGCACAGCCUCCGCUGUACCCGCAGUUCCGCAAGCUGCCGCGCGUGACGGAGCCGUACCUGCGCCCCAACGCGCGUUGCAUUGCCCUCCACUACGGUCUGCCGGACAGGGCAGCCUCGGAUAGUAGCGACGGCAGCGCUGGAAGGAUGGCCACGGACACGGCGGCCGUGCAGCCGAAGGAAGGCGAAGGUGAAGAAAGGAAGCCACGCACGCAUCGCACGUCUAGUACACCAGCGCCUCCAAACCCGUACCCCCGGGCGUCGUUGAUGGCUGUGGUGUGUACCACGCGGCUGGAGGAGGGCGAGGAGAUCUACGUAUCGCUGGAGUCGUACUACCGCUGCCUUGACGAGGUCUCGUGGUACCGGCGCUGCUACAGCGAGUUAAACAAGAGGUGCGGGUGCCCUGAUGGUGUCCUGACUCCGUGCACUGCCGCCGCCGAGGGCGGCGGUGGUAUGAAGGAGGCCACUGCUGGCCAAGACGACCUGAUCGGUAACGUGUACACGGGUGUCAGACGCUUCCCUGAGUGGCCGGCCGACCUGGCCUACUACCACGGCGUGGGACGGCGGCAUGCGAGCCGCGUCGCGGAGGCUGCCUUUCCUUUCACGCUGGUCUCCCUCGCCCCGGCGCCGGAGCUGGGAGAUGAUCAGAAGGGCGUUGUCGCCUCCGCCUGGCUACCCUACGGCACGUGUCUGUUGUACUGUGGCCCCGCCGUAGCGACGCGCAAGGUGGAGCGGCUCGUUAGCGAGCGUGCGUUGCGCGGUGACAGUGCAGUGGCCCGCACCACGACCACCGCCCAGUAUGAGGCACAGACACACCCAGGAGGGGAGGAGGACGAUCUAUCCUUCGUCACGGACGACACCUACGCGCUGGGGCUCGGGCGCCACGGCGUGUGCUUCGGCCAGGGACUCACCCGCUACAUCAAUCACCGCUACAACACAUCCCGUUUUGGCAACGUGGAGCUGUGCUCGGUGAUACUGUCUGUGCCCAGCGAAUUCGCCAGCGCGCAUGGGACGGCGGCGGCCCCUGCUGGUGGCCCGGAAGAGCUGAAGAGCGCGAGUGAGCGGGCUACCACAAAGUCCGCUGGCGUGGACGCAUCGUCGUCCCUGACAGCCGAGGAGCGUGUGCAGGUGGCGCGUGCCGCAACCGCGAAGCGGCCCUGCCAUCGACGUCGCGUGCAGAGGGCUAAGAAGGGGCCGCCUCCCCCCGUUGCGGUGGCCAGUGGCGCUGCCGCCGUGCCUGCCGCUGCGGUGGGCGACCGUCUCGCCGCCCUAUACGCGAAGCCCAAGCGACGCCCGCCGCGCCGCCGCGCGCCGUGUCUUUUCCUCGAAGAGCGCAGUUUCUUCGUGACGGUGCCCUUCUUCCUGGUUACCACCGACAUCCCGCCCGGCACGUCGCUGCUCGCGUGGACCUACGGCGAGGACUACGACGCUAAGCUGGAGCGACAGGCCGUGGCGGAUGGCCACGUGGUACCCUACGCCGAUGCCGUGCUGCUCAACCGCCGCCUUGCAGCGUCACCGGCUGCCGAUUGUCGGCUCCAGCGCUACAACGGCGAUUAUCGCUUUGCCGUCGGUGCAGGCGAUGUCGUGUGGCGCCGGCGGCCCGUGCGCCUGGGAAUCCCGUCCUCCCCUGUCGACUGCGCGGGCGGCCACGACAUCGUCGAUGUGUGCGUGCCGCCGCCGGAGGAGGACCUCUUCGUCGUCGUGCAGACGCUGCGGUCGAGUGUCGAGCGGGUCCUCCUGCGGCCGCUGGAGCGCGUCCCGCUCACGAGUCGGCAGCUGGGCACCCUCUUGAGGGAGCAGCACCUAGACGACUACGUGUCCCCACACGCCCCGAGUAACGCACGGCUGGGUCCGCAGAAGGGGCGGCGCCGAGUCGGUCGCCCGCCGUCGGCGAACUCGAAGCGGCAGCGAGCGGCAGCGCUCACCCACGACUGGGCGGCGCACUGGGCGGUGUUUCGGCUGACGGACAUCAGCGCCUUGGCACCCGCACCCUUCGCUGGGACGUCAUCCUGCCUCACACUGCACGCCCUCGCCCGCUACGAGGAGGCGCUGCGAACGUGCGUCGUGGCAACGACCGAUUCCGUGGGACUGCUGCUCAUGGACAUCGACUACAGCGCCGUGCACCGCACCCGAGACACCGGCGGCGAGAGCGCGGCACACCGUCUCAUCCUCGUGAACCUCGAUGAUCUGCACCACGCCACGUCCCUGGUGCGGACGUCGCCGGGGCGGGCGGCAGCCGUGCCAGCGCUCUGCAACGGUCUUCUGUGGCCCCUGUACUGCAUGGUGCAAAGGCCGCGCGCUGCCGCGGCGGCGGCGUUCAGUGCUGCAGACGAUGUUCUCCGCGCGCGUCCUGGCAGUCGCGUAUGA